AAACUCAUGUAUUAUGCAAAGAAUUACUUUUAUUUUGUAUGAGAUUAAUCUAUGCCCAGCCCUAUAUAUAAACUUAGCUUUGCCUUUAACAGUUUUAUAAUAAAUGUUGAUCCAGUUUUCUUGCUAAACUCAGUAACACAAUACUGCACCUUAACUCUUUGUGUUAAUAGUUGCCAUUCAUUUCUAAUGAGUUUUCAUUCGGUUUGCAUUUAAACAACUCUAAUUGGUAAUUUCUUUGCAAAACAAUGGAGAUACACACAGGAGCUGUGCUGAUGCUCUCCAAGAGCACCAAGACAAAUAAACAAGCAGCUCAUUUAUUAAAAGCAGCCAAGCAACGAGACGCGAUCAAUUCACCAUUGAAUGAAACAAUUAUUGCACGCGGCUUCCAGCAAAUUGCCAAGCAGGCAUUGUGCCUUUGUGCUCCACAGCAUCUUUCUCCAUGCAUGUCAAGAGAGAAAGGGAAUAUUCAGCAGGAUUAGUUUAAACGGCAUUAGGCUUUAUUAUUAUUGUAAACUCGUGUGGUAGAAAAUAAGGUAAAUAAGAUUAAGCACUAGUUGACUGCGCUCUCAUAAUGCUGGAGAUGCUGCAGAAGGAAAUGAGAAGAAGAUAAUUCCUGGGAAUGGGGCCUAAUUUUCUACCUGGUGGGUAAAAAUAAUGGCACAUCAGCGUUGUUUUGUCCCCUUCAAUAGCGGCUUUAAAGGAUUCGGUGUCCCCAGAAGAGAUAACAGGUUGGUGCUUCAGGUCGGGACACUGAAUUACCUGCAGAUCCAGACACCCCAUGGUGAGGUCCGGCGAUUCACAUGUAAAACAUUCAGACUCGAGCUUAAAUUAGUGACGUUAGCUUGGGUUUAUAAAGCCGAGACUCGAGCUUUCACAUCAAACCAGACGAGAAGACACCUGGCAUCUCCAAAUGACUUCUCUUACCAUGAACGCGCACCAGGACAACCCGAUGCCCAGACAGUCCGUGUUCACCAUCGACAGCAUCCUUGGAUUAGACAGACCUGAUCAGAGAACAGUGUUUUCGGCUCCUUAUCGACCGUGGACAGAUGUGAAAGCUGGAUGUCAGACGCGUCGGAUUGUUUCAGACAGUGAUGAUUCAGUUGAUUUAAGGGUUAAUGAAGACUACAGUAAAUCUUCAUCAGGAGAGACUUACAGAAGAACAUUGAACUGGUACAUUGGUCGCAGGCCGAGGACAGCUUUCUCUAGUGUUCAGAUCAAGAUACUGGAGAGUGUUUUCCAGGUGAACUCAUACCCGGGCAUCGAUUUACGUGAAGAACUUGCUAAAAAACUUCACCUGGAUGAAGACAGAAUUCAGAUUUGGUUCCAGAACAGAAGAGCAAAACUGAAGCGUUCACACCGAGAAUCUCAGUUCAUGAUGGUGAAAAACGUCCUCAAUGAUUUACAAACCAGCAGAGAAAAACACUGAAUAUUCACAUUUACUCUUAUUGUUUAUAUGUUGUGAUGUAAUAUAUUCUGUCUUCUACCAAAUUAUGUAAUUAAAACAUUUUGACAAUA